AUGAAGACAACUCUCAUAGUCGCCGUUGUAUUGCUCGUUAUCGUAGGGAUGACGGCAGGCAGACGUCCAGCACACUGUAAACUACCGGUUGAUCAUGGUCACCAUUGCCCACGUGGACCUGUGGAACGCGUUUACUAUGAUAAGUCUACAAAUUCAUGCAAGUCUUUCAACUAUCGUGGAUGUGGUGGGAAUAAGAACAGGUUCAAGUCUCAUCGCGACUGUCGAAGAGAGUGCGCUUAG